AUGUCUGGUUGUUCCAUGCUGCCAUUGAACAGUGAUUGGGAUGCUCCAAAGUGCUCAACCUUAAAGCUUCAAUCUGUUUCCUUUUGAGAUCCAGCCACCUUCAUGAAUGCCUCGGGUGUUACAGAAUUUACUUUCUUGGGUCUACCCUCCUCCCGCCCUAUCCAGCUCCUUCUCUUUAUCCUGGCUUCAGGUUGCUACAUCGCAAGCCUGCUGGGCAACCUGCUUAUUGUGAUAACAGUGUGUGCAGAUAAACGUCUCCACCAGUCUCCCAUGUACUUCUUCCUGGCCAACUUAUCCAUCAUUGAUACCGCCUUGGCCUCUGUGGCUACCCCCAAGAUGAUGGCAGACCUCAUACACCAUGGUAGGGCCAUCCCUUUUGCAGGAUGCAUGACUCAACUCUUCUUCAUCCACUUCCUGGGAGGUUCAGAGAUGCUCCUCCUCACACUCAUGGCUUAUGAUCGCUACAUAGCCAUCUGCCACCCACUUACUUAUAUUACCACCAUGAACAGUUUGCGCUGUGUCAGACUCGUCAUUUCCUGUUGGGUAGGAGGCCUGGUUCACUCAGUCACCCAGCUGGUCCUGAUCAUACGACUUCCAUUUUGUGGGCCGAAUGAGUUGGACAACUUCUUCUGUGAUGUGCAACAGGUAGUCCAACUUGCUUGUGUUGAUACCUACAUCACAGAGAUACUCAUGGUGGCCAACAGCGGUCUGAUUUCCUUGGUCUGUUUCAUCAUUUUGUUGGUCUCCUAUGGCAUCAUCCUGGCCACUUUAAAAGACCACUUCAAGGAGAAUGGAAGGAAAGCUCUGUCCACUUGCAGUUCUCACUUGACUGUGGUCAGCCUCAUUUUUGUGCCUUGCCUCUUAGUUUACCUUGUGCCCUUGCCCAGUUCCAGUGUGGAAAAAAUAGCUUCCACAUUCUACACAGUUGUCACUCCUGCCCUCAAUCCUAUUGUAUACACCCUAAGGAAUCGGGAAAUGAAAGAGGCCAUGGGACGAUUGAAGAAUAGGUGCCUUUUUUCACACUCUAGUGUGCAAGGGGAAAUUGUAUGA